AUGGUGGGCCUUAAGAGAUCUGCUGAAAAUCAUUCCAAUGGAAAGAAACGGGCCCUUUCCGAAGAGCCGAUCCACGCAAAAAGAGCAAAGAACUCUCCGUCGUUCCAGUCGAUCAGAGCGUCCAAGCUGAAGUCGAUCAACUCUAUCCCUUCUCAGAAAACCGAUCUGCUUGAUGUUUUUGUGUGGGGUUCGGGAUCGAUGUGCGAACUGGGUCUGGGUCCGGCCGCCAGUACUAAGGAAGUCAAGCGUCCAAGAUUGAACCCAUUGCUGAAGAAAGAAGAGGUAGGUAUCGUUGAUUUCACUGUGGGUGGAAUGCAUGUUCUUGCUCUUGAUCACAAAAAUCAGCUCUGGUCUUGGGGAACCAACGACUCGGGGGUUUUGGGAAGAGACACCUCAAAAGCGGGCGCCGAGCAGCUGAGAGAUGCAGACGCCGAAAGUGACGACGAAGAUGGCGACCUGAACGCUCUGGAGUCCACGCCUGCUCUUGUUGAAGGUCUCCCUUCCGACAAAAAAAUUGUGCAGUUGGCUGCCACAGAUAACCUUUCUGCAGUGCUUUACGAAACCGGAGAAGUGUACGCAUGGGGAACUUUCAGAUGUAACGAGGGUAUUCUCGGAUUUAACAAGGACAUCAAGAUCCAAAAGACCCCUGUCAAGAUUCCUAAUUUCGAGAACAUUGUCCAACUGGCUGCAGGAAAAGACCACCUUUUGGGUCUCGACAUCAAGGGAAUUGUCUACGCUUGGGGAAAUGGACAGCAGUUCCAACUGGGAAGAAAGAUCCUCGAAAGAACAAGAAUGACUUCGUUGGAGCCUCGUUCAUUUGGCUUGAAGAACGUUAAGUUUGUUGGAUCUGGAGAGUUCCACUCGUUUGCCAUCACCGUUGACGGCAAAGUGUUGAGUUGGGGACUCAACCAGUACGGCCAGUGUGGUAUCAAGGUCGACAUCGAAGACGGAGCUGUUGUGUCCAAGCCAACAGAGAUCGAAGACUUGACCGGUAAGGACAUCAUCUACAUCACCGGAGGAGAACAUCACUCUUUGGCAUUGUCUUCCUCUGGCGAAGUGUUCACAUUCGGAAGAUUCGACAUGAAGGAGAUCGGUAUCGAAAAGGAAAAACUGCCAAAGGACGACGUUAUUGUCGACGGCCAUGGCAACAUUAGAUCGCUUCCUGUUCCUACCAAGCUGACCACUCUUCCAAAAUGCAAAGCUGUGGCAGCCGGCUCGCACCACUCGGUCGCGCUGACCCAAGAUGGUAUUGCUUUCUCCUGGGGUUUUGCCGAUACUUACGCCUUGGGACUUGGUAAUCUGGACGAGGACGUUUCAAAACCCACCAGAAUCAACAACACCGCUACGCGAGACCACGACAUUGUUCAGGUCGGCUGCGGUGGUCAGUUCAGUGUCAGUGCCGGUGUCAAGCUGACUGAGGAACAGGCCGAGGAAAGAACAGAAAAAAUCGAGGACUUUGAAGAGUCUUUGGAAUAG